UUAAGGGUGUGUGGAAUGAAACACAGCCCAGCAGUGAAAGUGUUCAGGGCUGUGUCUUUAAGAUCACAGACAGAACCUCUGAAGGUCCGAAGAUCAGGACUCUGUAUCUGCACAGCAGCGGGCACGAGUGGAGAGGGAGAGAACAACAAAUAAGAGGUGAAGAGUCUGUGUGUUUAAGAGAAAGAUGGCGGUUCAGAUCACGAGCCUGGUGGAGGAUUACUCCAGAUACCUGAAGGCGUUCGAGCUGUUUCUGGAGCGCUCGUCUGAACACCAGAGUAUGAGAGACUUCAUCCAUCGCACACUUCCAGACGUCCUGACCACUGUUGGAGCAGGAAAAUCCACACUGAAUGUGAUGGGAGUGGGAAGUGGAUCAGGCGAGAUCGAUCUGGAGAUCCUCUCACAGCUGCACACUAAACAUCCUGAGGCCAGAGUGGAGAACGAGGUGGUGGAACCCAGCGGGGACAUGCUGUAUAAAUAUAAAGUUUUAGUAUCGAAGACGCCGGGCCUCGAUCACAUCACUUUCAGGUUUAAUAAGAUGACAGCAUCUGAGUUUGAGAGCGAGUGGAAGCAGAGAAACACUGACAGGAAAUUGGACUUCAUCCACAUGAUUCAGAUGCUGUACUACGUGAACGAUCCGGAGGCGACGGUUUCCUUCUUCCGAAGCUUACUGCACAAAGACGGAAAACUCCUCAUCAUCCUGGUCUCAGGACAGAGUGGGUGGGGCAGGUUGUGGAGAACCUACCGAGCUCAGCUGUGCAAGAGCGACAUCAGUCAGUGCGUCACGACGGGAGACAUCAGGAACUUCAUGGAUGCUAAAGGAAUCCCCUAUCAGAGCCACACUCUCCCAUCUCAGAUGGACAUCACCGAGUGUUUCACAGCUGGAGAUGAGAAAGGAGAGCUGUUGCUGGACUUCCUGACUGAGGUCCUGGAGUUCAGCAAGAGCGCUUCUCCAGAGCUGAAGGCCGGAGUGCUGGAGCUCCUCAAACACCCCGAGUGCAGCCGAGAGGUGGACGGCAGGAUUAUAUUCAACAACAACCUGGAGGCCUUAGUGCUCACCCCAUAGUGCCGAAACAUAAAGAUUACACUAGGACCAGACUUCUGUUCGUGAAUUAAUGUUUUAGAUUUGAACUUUGGCGACUUAAACAAAUCUGUCACUAGCUGUCUGUCGUCAUUGUUUAUACAAUAAUUCUAUUCGAUUUAGAGCUGCAAAUAUACAAGUAAAUAUUUUUUAAAAAGCAAUUAGUCUUAAAGCAAAUGUGUUAAUUAACUGACUGGGCUGUGAAUUAUUCUUUAUUCAUGAGAAGGACUGAGACUGUAUUCGGCAUAGUGUCAAAUAUUCAAUAAAAUAAUGAGGGGGGGGAGUGUGCAAUCAAUUUUAAA